AGUUGCUAAGAGACAGUGAAACGUCAGUACCUGGCCCUCAAGGAAAAAAAUAGAGAGGGGGAGAAGGAGAAGGGAAUAGGAGUUCGGGAAAGACCUGGCUGAAAUGACACACACACACACACAGCUGCAAUUCAGUGAACGAGGCUGAAAUUUCCCCAGCUUCCCUGCAUUUGAGAGGUACAGAAGAAAAAAGGGUGAAGGGAGGCAAGAGGCACAGGAGGAGAAGGGAAAGAACAGUCACUGUCAUAAAGAAGAACCCUUAUAAUGGAUUUAGGCAAUACAAGUCAGCUUCAGAGCUGAGCUGCAAAAAUCAUCAACCCUCAGAGUUUCAUCAUCAAAUUCUUGUCACUGCCUACUAAGAAGGAAGAACAGAUUUAAAGGACAACAUCUUUGUAUUCUAAGUUCUUCUAUUCCACCAGAAUUUAUGUAGACCUUAUUAUUUCUCCUAUACAUGGGAAACCUUAUCACUUUCCUCACCAGCAUUUCAAAGCAAGGAGCACUAUGGACACAUGCAGCCAGUUCCAAAGGAGAGUCGUGUUUUGGUGGUGUAUGCAAUAAACAGGUUUGUUAAGGUGAUGAUUGGUGUUGACCAACCCUUAUCUUCACGAACGGCAGCUGUAUGGACUACUAAAUGGCUCAUGUCCAGCCCCGGUACCUCCUGACCUUUUCAAGAGACCCUCGCCCCCCCCUCCAGUUUAGCAGAACAUUGUCAAGAGCAUCCUCUCCUGACACAGAUCCCUGGGACACUGAGCAAGAGAUUGCAUAAAGAUGUGCAAUUCAAUUUUUUUGUUCAUCUCUGUUUUCUUCUGAAGGCACUUCAAUGAUUACAGGAAAAGGCACUUACAGUUCUGCAGAACUUCAGAUGGAUUUACUGGAUAUCACAGUUUAUUGGCCUAAUUCUAUUUCACAAGUGUGACAAGAACCCUUUUGAGAGGCAGCAACAGGCCUAUAUUUCCAACAAAACAACAUACCAAGAAGAAACAUAUUUUCUAGCAACUCAGACUCAAAAAAUCUUAUUGUCAACAGACACCUGUUAAAAGUCACCAUCUUAUUUGUUUACGGUUCUUUAGAGAAAGUAUUUUUUUAUAUUUUCCUAGAUCAAAGUGGUCAUGUAUGCAUAUGGAGGUAGACUUCUACUACAUUCAUCCUAAAGAGGAAAAAUAAUAUGAACAGCUAAACAAAUGACUAAAAGAUCUUAUUCUUGUCAUCCAAUCAGAGUCCUUCUACAGUACGUACUUCUCUUCAAGGUGCCUCAAGAUCUACACAAAUUUUGGUUCAGGGUCCUACCUUCCACCCAGCCUGAAUGUAGCAGGUUUUCUGCAUUAGUGGCUCUCAUUCAUUGGGCUGAAUCUCCACCCACUGCUCUCCUAUUUCUGAGUUCUUGCCCUUCCUUGGACAUGUAACUCUAGCUGGCUAAAAUGAGUAUAGACUGUAUUCAGUUGGGAGGAGAGCCGUUUGCUCCCCACUGCUGCCCUGCCAUGACACUGAACCCUUUCUUUGUAGCAGUGGUGGUAGUCUUUGCUAGUGCUGUCACGGGCUGCCCUGUCCUGUGCACAUGCCGCAAUCAGGCUGUAGAUUGCAGCGGGCUUCGGCUCUUUUCAGUGCCACCAGAUCUUCCAUUGGAUACCAGAAACCUCAGCCUAGCACACAACCGUAUCACUGCCAUCCCUCCUGGAUACCUAACAUGCUACUCUGAGCUGCGAGUGCUGGACUUGAGAAACAACUCACUUUUUGAGUUACCUGUUGGACUGUUCUGGACAUCUAAACGCCUGUCACACUUGGAUUUGAGCUACAAUAACUUCAGCCAUGUGGUGGCAGAUAUGUUCAAAGAAGCCUACAGUCUAGUGCAUAUUGACUUGAGCCACAACCCCUGGCUGAGGAAGGUGCACCCUCAGGCUUUCCGAGGUUUGGUUCAACUUCAGAGCCUUGAUCUCAGCUAUGGGGGCCUCUCGUUCCUCAGUCUAGAAGCUCUGGAGGGCCUCACAGGAUUGGUGACUCUUCAAAUUGGAGGCAAUCCAUGGGUAUGCAGUUGUACUAUGGAGCCACUGUUGAAAUGGUUGAGGAAUAGGAUUCAGAGAUGCAUGUCAGCAGAACCUCCCAGCCACAGCCAAGCUAGAGAGGAACUAGAUGGAUGA